UGGCCAGCCGAUAGGUGGUUGGGAGCACGGCCGGGGUGCCGGCAGCAGGGCCGCCCCGCGGUGGGGCGCCCCUGGCGUGAUCACGCUGGAGGAAUGUAAUCGUCGCAGAGGGGGCGUCGGGCAGCUCCCUAUGCCGCCGCCACCCGCCCCGCGGGUGCCGGACCCGCUCAUGAUGGCGGCAGGGGGAUUAUGGUGCGAGGUCGACCCGAGCUCGUGGGCCCUCGUACUGCGCAGCAUCCCGCGCAACUCCAUCAUACAUCACCCGGGAGACGCUAUGGACCAGGUGCCGCCCGAGCGAGUGGUCCAGAUGGCGGCGCAGCUGUCGCUAGGCGCUUUCGACCGCAGCCAAUUUGACCUGCCCACCACCGGCGCCACAGCCAGCGUAGCCCACAUCGGCUCGGCGCUGGCAGACGCCAUGGUCGCGGCGCUCCGCGUGCAGAUGGGCAGACGGGUGGUAUUCAGCGCGGCAGCAGACACUAUAUGCCAGCUGUACGAGAGCCGCUUGCGGAGCGUGCUCGAGGGGCUGUGCACUGCGGUCCGCUUCGUGCUGGACGACGCCACAGCGACCCGCGUGCGCAAAGCAGUGGAGAAGGCGAUGCCGGACGCGCUGCGCCCAGCCCGGAAGCAGACCACCACCAGCGACACCCGCCCCGAGGUGUUCGUGGGCAUCUUCGCUGACGUGCUGGGCGGUACGGCGCUGGUGGAGGCGGCGCUCGCCGCCCUCCUGCAGCAGCAACCGGGCGGCAGCGCGGACACCCUGAACCUGUGGAGGGCGAACGCAGGGAACCAGGCGCUGCGGGCGGCAGUGGUGAUCCACGACCCGCUCAGUCAACAGCACUGGGUUGAUGGAUGGGGCCUGCAGAUCGGCCUGCUGCUGCGCCGGACCAGCCUGGUGCGGGGCGACGGCAUCCAGCUGCUCGCACGCCUGCAGGAGGAGAGCGCCAAGUUCAGCCUUCGCAACGCCAUGCAGCAGCAGCAGCAGCAGCGUGGCGGCGGGGGUGGCGGAGCAGGGGGCGGCGGCGCGGCCGGCAGUCGCAACCAGGGCGUCAGAGCAGGCAGCGGUGGAGGCGGGGGCGCGGGAGGCGGCGCGGCCCCGGCCACACACCAGGCGCCGCAGGGAGGGGCGGCGCCGCAGCCCAUGAACGCGCAGCGACUCGCAGAAAUGGUGCGGGCCAAAGCCGGGCGGCCGGUGUCGGACGAGGCUUUCUGGGCGACGUUCAGGAACCAGCCGGCCUACCGGAACUACACAUUCGGCAAGCAGUGCAACUUCGCAGACGGCCGGAAGUGCAAACCGCACGUGUUGGCGGAGCAGGCGGUGGACAUGAUCGUGGCCAACCUACCGCCCCAACAGGCAGAUGGUUAGCGCUAGGCGGCAGACGGAAGACUUGCGAGCGGAGUAGCGGGCCUGCAACAUGCGUUUGAAGAGAACGGCAGAGGCAUGGGUUAUAGCUGGCGGCAAGGUAGCCGCAUUUCGUUUGUGGCCGUGGCGGACCUUCGCGUGACGUAUGCGUGCGUGUGCAUGGUGAUUGCGACAGGAGCCGGAGAGCCAAGAGACCGGCGCAGUAGCAGUGGGGGUAGUGACCGCCAGAUCGGGAGAGAGGAAGCAGAGAGGCUGUCAGACGGCGACGAUGGGGACGAGGACGAGGAAGAGGAAGGGGCCGGCCCCCGCGCCUGGUGUGAGCUGUCGGAAGACCCGUUUGAACACACCGGCCCCA